GCAACAUGAAGCUCUGGGUCGUCCUGCUGCUCGCUGUGCUCGCUGACACUUUAGCAGACGAGUCCUGUUUGAGUCGCUGUGAAAAUGGCUUUGACUCUCGGAAGACGUGCCAGUGUGACUCCAUGUGCAAGUAUUACAAAAGCUGCUGCUCUGACUUUGAGGCCACCUGUGGUAUGACGACUCGUGGGGACACAUUUGUGUUUGCAGAGGAUGAUGAUGAUGACGAGCUGCUCGGAGGCCCAACUGCAACCCCUGGGCGUCCAGCACACGACCAGGCUUUUACAGCCGUUGGCCGGCAACUGAGGCCCACGCAGCGUCCCAUCCUGGACUUCAAUCACAGACCACAGCAGCGUCCAGAGACCACACUGGAAAUGACCAAACCCACACAACUGGUUGACACCACAAUCCAGAGAGCCCCUGUUACACAGAUAACACAGGUCGCAGACACAGGUGCCUCAACAAGCAGCGUCUCCGGCACGACUGCAGCUCCACAGGUUGGCAAUGAGACAACUACUCCUGUCCCUGCAUCCACCACUGCUGCCCCCGACCCAGACGCUGAGGUCUGCAGCGGGAGGCCUUUCGACUCCUUCAUGCAGCUUAAAAAUGGAUCCAUUUACGCCUUCAGAGGGGAGUACUUUUUUGAACUGGACCAGAAGACGGUGCUUCCCGGUUAUCCAAAGCUCAUUAAGGAUGUGUGGGGCAUCAGCGGGCCUAUUGAUGCUGCGUUCACCCGCGUCAACUGUCAGGGGAAGACCUACAUCUUUAAGGGAAACAAGUACUGGAGGUUUGACAACGGUGUGCUGGAUGACGACUAUCCUCGAGAUAUCAGCGUUGGCUUUGACAAGAUUCCUGAUCAUGUAGAUGCAGCGUUCGCCCUGCCUGCCCCCGGCCAUAAUAAAAAAGAAAAGGUCUACUUCUUCAAAGCGGACCAGUAUUACACCUAUGAGUUUUUGCACCAGCCAUCCCAUGAGGAGUGUAUCACCAUGUCCGAGAGGUCUCCGUCCACCACUUUCAGGCACUACACUGAUGUCUACUACAACAACUAUGAGCGGUACUUCAGCGAUCUCUUCUCCGAGCAGCCACAGCAUCACGACAGUCACCACUUCAUUGACAAGGACUGGAAGGGCAUCAAGCCUCCACUGGAUGCUGCCAUGGCAGGAAGAAUCUACGUCACCAACUGGAGGUCACGACGCAGAGACCAGCAGUGGGGUCGGCAGCAAGACCAGCAGUACCAGCAGAACGGACGUCAGUGGGGUCAGAGAAGGCGAAACCGCGCAGCCUUCUGGGACUCCAUGGCUGAGCGGGGAAUGAGCAUGGGUCAGAACUUCGCUGAAAGGGGGAUGGAGCUAGGUAUGAGGAUGGCAGAGAAGAGGAUGGAACUGGAGGAGAGGCUUGGGCGAGACUGGGACAGGCGGUGGGAUCAAGACUGGGACCAGGACAGAAGAAGGGAUCGGUACCGCCAGAACAACAGAGGCAACUACGACUCCAGAGAGUACUGGGACUACUACCAAAGAGAUCUGCCCAUACAGAGCGUCUACUUCUUUAAAGGAGAUAAAUACUACAGAGCGGACCUCCGGACUAAGAGAGUCGAUCCCGCCAUGCCUCCGUACCCCAGAUCCAUCGCCAAGUACUGGCUCGGCUGUUCAGACACCACUGGGGCCGAGAAGAAGUAGUUUUCAAUAUUCUGUGGUUUUUACUGUGCUGAAAUUGGCGUGUAGCAGGUGAAUUGUUUUCACUGACUGUGUUGAGGGUGGAAAGUGUGUCAAACAUGUUCAUACAGUAACUAGCGGCUAAUCAACUUCAGCAAAUAUUGGAGCUCAGUCAAAGUCCACAUAGUGUUCACGGUCAAAGUUCAGCGGGCUGAUUUUCUGAACUCCGUAGUUAUCUCAUCUGUUCUCAGCACAAGCUGACUUUAUGAAACCCAGCGAUAGUGAAAACUAGAGACUGCAAAUGUGUGAUCCCAGAACUUCACCAGCCUGAAAGCAACAGCUAAAUCUUAGACUACAUUCUGAUAAUAAAAAGAGAUGUUUUACUGCAACACUAUAAGGUUUUAAAACUGCAAAUACUGCUUCUCAUUGCUUAGCUGUCAGAGUCAUAAUCACUAAUGUUUUCCAAAUCCUGUAUCUACAAAAUGUAACAUGUUUAUUUUCUCAUUUUUCAUCAUAGACAUAUAUACAGUGAAUAACAAAAGAUAACACGGGUUUAUGGAGGUUUCUUCCAAAAAUGUGCUGCAAGGUCAAGAAUACUUACAAACGGUAGUAAUGUUUUUUUUUUACCCAACAUUAUGUUACUGUCACAUCAGAGGUCAGAGUGCUGUGACAGCAGCUUGCAUGCUCGAAGACACUUUGACAGAUGUGAAACCUUUUUUCCACCUUUUUUUUUUUUUUUACUUCUACUGACUAAUACAACAGAAUAAAUCAAUAAUACACAGAGACAGAACAACCCUGUUGAGUUCACAGUCUGUUACAGUUUGUUCUUGUGUUUCAUUCAUGACUAAUAAAAUAUCCAUCAGUACA